AUGAAGCACAAUGCCAUAGCAGUGGCGGCAAGUGGAACAGCUGCAACUCUGCUAAGUGGUGACCGCACAGCUCAUUCCUGUCUCAAGCAUCCUUUGGACCUAUCCAAGAAAGAGAAGGCAAGCUGCAACAUCAGUCGUGGUUCUAUAAAAGGCAAACUUCAGGAUGAAUGCAGGUUGAUCAUCUGGGAUGAAGCGACAAUGAGCCAUAAGGUUUCCUUUGAAGCUCUUGACAUGUCCCUUCAGGUUCUGAGACAAAACACCAGGCUCAUGGGAGGUGCCACAGUCUUGUUUGCAGGAGACUUUCGACAAACCCUUCCAGUGGUUCCAAAGGGGACAAGAGCUGAUGAAGUAAAUGCCAGCAUAAAAUCAUCCUACAUAUGGAGCAGAGUGCAAAAGCUAAGACUCACAACCAGCAUGAAAGUGCAGUUCAUAGUGAUGAUGCAGACAACUUUUUCAAAGCAGCUGUUGGAUGUCGGUAAUGGCACUUUGGCUGGCGAGAAGUAUGGACGGACAAGCUUACCCUUUGGACAUAUGGUAUCUGAUUUAAAGGAACUAAUGAACAAAGUGUUCCCUAACCUGAGGAACCAGUUUACAUACCACAACUGGCUGAAAACCCGUGCCAUUUUAGCUCCAAAGAAUAUGGGAGUUAAUGAUUUGAACUUUAAACUUCUGGAGCAGUUGCCAGGUGAGCAUCACAUCUACAAUUCCAAUGACGCUGUACUCAACAUCGAUGAAGCCGUGAAUUAUCCAGUUGAAUUCUUGAAUAGUCUAACACCAGCUUGUCUCCCACCUCACAACUUUCACCCCAGGAUUGGGGCCCCAGCUACGCUACUUCGAAACCUCUUCCACCAAAGCUUUGCAACGACACACUACUUAUAA